AACUGGUAGAGACAGCUACGAAGCGAACGUAUGCGUUUCCAGACAGUUAAGUUUAGUUCCAAAAUGGCUGUGUCGUAGCUCCCGGCUCAUUGUCUACGGUGUUCAUUAACAGGCUAGUAAAUCAAUCACGAAAAGACUGAUCCGAGAUUAAAAGCGAAAUAGGAUGAGAGUUCGAACAAGUGUCCAAGCGAUCAUCGCAACUAUCUGGAUAAUUGCGCUUCAAGAAUGCGCUGGCAUUUUUCGAAGAUGCGUAAGCUGUAGGUCGCGUGGAGACUUGGGCUCGUGCAAGGAUCCUUUCACUAUGAAUUCUACGCAAAUCACACUCGAAAAAGGUGUCGACGCAGUUCCAUGCGUUUCCGGGUGGUGCGGAAAAAUUAUCGAGAGCCAAAAUUUAAACAAUGAGUAUGGUACUGCCACACAGAGAUUGUGCUUCCAGCGAGGUCCCGAUGACAAUGAAGAAAGAUGCGCGUACACCGUAUGGAAUUAUAAGAAAGUGUAUAUGUGUCUCUGUUACGGAGAUCUUUGUAACGGAACAACGAGAACGACUAUCACUAGUAGAUUUUUAAUAACGAUAGCUAUAUGCUUAACACGAUGGCUUAUUUGAAAAUAUAUAUGAUACUCCAUCGUGUGGUUGGACUAAAGUGAUUAAUCUUCUUGUGAGCCCUUUGUAGAGAAUAUAAGAAUCUUCCUAAGAA